AUGGACCAAUCAAUCCAGCGGUUGUUGAACGACAAGCUAUACGAUAGGAGGAAGCAGGGUGCUCUGGAACUCGAGAAAGUCGUCCGUGAUGCCGUUCUUCAGGGAGAUAAGGAGAAGGAGAAAAUUCAGAAGAUCGUUGAGCAGCUCUGCCACGACUAUGCAUACGCUGUGCACCAACCUCACGCCCGAAACGGAGGCUUGAUUGGUCUGGCUGCGGCCUCCAUUGCUCUAGGAUCUGAAGGGGUUGCGCCGUACUUGGGUGAAAUUGUGCCGCCUGUGCUCGCCUGCUUUUCAGACCAGGACGCGCGGGUUCGGUACUACGCAUGCGAGAGCAUGUACAAUAUUGCCAAGGUGGCUAAGGGAGAAAUCUUGCUGUUCUUCAAUGAGAUUUUCGACGCCCUGGCGAAGUUGGCAUCCGACUCGGAGCUUUCGGUCAAGAACGGCGCGGAGCUUCUAGAUCGACUGGUGAAAGAUAUCGUCGCCGAGUCGGCAGCUUCGUAUGUAUCGAUUCUGCAAAUCAACGAAAAAGAAACGCCUGAAAUGGAGAAUCAAGACGAUACCGAGCUUCCUAUGGCGUUUUCUCUCGCCAGGUUCAUUCCUUUACUUCAAGACCGAAUCCAUGUCAUCCAGCCAUUCACUCGCAAUUUCCUGGUCUCAUGGCUGACUCUCCUAGACACUAUUCCUGAUCUGGAGCUAGUGAGCUAUUUGCCGGAGUUCUUGGAAGGGUUGAUCAAAUUCCUUGGCGGGCCAAACAAAGAUGUGAACAUUGCAACGCAGGCUUUGCUCGAUCGGUUCUUGUCGGAGAUCAAGAGGAUUACACGGCUGAAGAAAGGACUCGAAGAAAGCCGCAAGAGCCAGAAAAGCAACAGGCAGUCGGUUGCCAGUGACGCUAUGAGUAAUACGACUGAGCAAAUUAAUCAAAACGAUGGUGUCAACGACGAUAAAUAUGAUAGCGCGGUGUUGGAUUCGGGAUCGGAUGUUUCUGCUGACGAAUACUACGAGGGUGAUGGGGAUUGGAUCCCAGGGCAGGAUGUUCAUAUAGAUCAUCCUAGGAUCCUUGGUAUUCUCGUCGGCUUUGUGAACACCUUAUAUGAGGAGGAAAUGCAACUGACGGCCUUACGUUGGAUCGACACGUUUUUCGAGAUCAGUCCUGAGGAUAUUCUUCCCUUCGUUCCACGGCUUUUAACCCAGGUACUGCCCGCCAUGUCCAGUGGCUCGGAUUCAGUGCGAAAGGCAGCAGGCCAAGUCAACCAGUCCCUCAUGGGGUAUAUUUAUUCUCUAUCCGAGGAUACAACCGAAGAAUACCAGGCACCUCCGUCAAAGAUCCCCUCCACUACAACCAGCAAGGAGACACUGGAGCGACGAUCAUCGACACCCGGGAUACGACCCUCGGAGACAUCAAGCGUUGACACAAGGAGGCAGACCCGGGAGAACUCUAUCUCGGAAACUCCUCGCAGUAGUAGUGUUUCCACACCGAUGCCUCCUACUGAUCUCGAUUACGCCGCGGCCGUCAGCUCCCUCACCUUACAAUUCCUCAAUGAAAGCGAGAAUACUCGAGUGGCAGCCCUCGCAUGGCUCAUCAUGUUGCACCGCAAAGCCCCGCGGAAGGUCGUCGCUUUCAAUGACGGUACUUUCCCGGCUUUGUUAAAGACCUUAUCCGACCCCUCAGAGGCUGUUGUGACAAAGGACCUGCAACUCCUUUCGCAGAUCUCACGGAACAGCGAGGAUAGCUAUUUCACAUCUUUCAUGGUGAACCUGUUGCAGCUCUUCUCCACAGACCGACAUCUACUGGAAGUGCGUGGGAAUCUGAUCAUCAGACAACUUUGUCUAAACCUGAGCCCGGAGCGCAUCUACCGUACUUUGGCAGAAUGCCUUGAGAAGGAAGAGGAUCUCGAGUUUGCCAGUAUCAUGGUUCAGAACCUGAACAACAACCUCAUCACUGCACCUGAGCUCUCGGAAUUGAGGAAGCGCCUGAGGAAUCUUGACCCGAAAGAUGGUCAAUUGUUCUUUGUCGCUCUCUUCAGAUCAUGGUGUCACAACGCCGUCUCCACAUUCUCCCUCUGUCUUCUUGCCCAGGCGUAUGAGCAAGCAUACAACCUGCUUCAGAUCUUUGCCGAGCUGGAAAUGACAGUCAACAUGCUGAUCCAAAUUGACAAAUUGGUGCAACUACUAGAAUCUCCAGUGUUUACAUACCUCCGCCUCCAACUCCUCGAGCCCGAAAAACACCCUUUCCUCUAUAAAUGUCUCUACGGCGUCCUCAUGCUCCUCCCCCAGAGCUCUGCCUUCGCCGCUCUCAAGAACCGCCUAAACAGCGUCAGCAACAUCGGCUUCCUCCAUGGUGCACCCCGCAGGUAUGGACCCCGCUCCCCGGUGUCUCCCCCGUUCCAGGUCCCCCGACCCAAGGCUCCCCACCCCAAGAAGGAAAGUACUGAGACCGUCUUCCCCAGCACUAUUCAACAAGCCCCGUCAACUUUCGACCGAUCAACAGGCACUCGUCUAAAGACCCGCGACGAAAGCACCAUUCGCUGGACCGAACUUCUCGAUAAAUUCAAAGGCGUCCAAGAACGCACCCGCCGCUCACAGUCCUCCCAGCUGUCCCGCGGCUCCGACUCCUCCAACCCAACCCUCACAGCCGCGCUCUCCGCCGCAGCCGCAGACCGCUCGAGAGACCGCUCCGGUCUACCCGAUGCCCCGCGCGGCAGUGUCCCCACCAACACCGGUAAUGCGCCCGGCCCAGUUACUAGUGCGGCCGGGCGGGCGUUGGAGAGUAAUGCGAAGGGCAGCUCGUCUUCUAUUCUGGGAUCAGCGCAUAAGCAUAAAUCCAGUCUUCCUAAUCUGGGACGGUUGGGCAUUGGAGGGCGCAAGAAGAAAUAG